AUGUCCGACCUUCUCAGCUCGCGCUGGGCCCCCAGCGCGAGUGAGUCGAGCCAUUACUCAUCGACAUCUCAUGGACUACGGCGACCACGCUCAGAGAAUCGGAUUCGAUCUACCAAAACCCCUUCACCCUCCGACCGAAAUGGAGCUCCGCAGGCCCACGGACUCUCAAAUGGAAUCCUUCCACCAUCUGAAGAGCUUUCCCGGUUCAUGAAGAUUGUCGCCAGACUCCGAUGGAAACUCCCCUUCUUGGCUGAGGGUUAUCGCCUUGCGACACUGGCCGUAAGCGAUGUUGAUGGAAUCUCAGCUGCGGAUGUCACAAAUGCAGAGAUCAUGUUCAAAAUUGACUUCCAUGAGUACUAUGCGCUUCUUGAGCGAGCCAUUGUUCAUCUCCUCGCCGUAUUUAAUAUUUCCAUCUCAUCGGUUGGCGGGCGCGGCGGGCGCGGCGGGAUCCAAGUGAGAGGACAUGCAGCCGGAAUUCAUCGUUAUCAUGCGAAUGUGUUGCGGGCAUUAGAGGAAGAGACCACCCCUCUCACACCUGUACUGGGUAGUGGAUAUGUCUUUGAACUGCUACGGAAAGCGAAAGAGCUACGAAAUCGGUGGAAGGGAGCGGAUAUGACUGAAGAGGAAAGAGAAAGGGAUCCCUUUGAAAUGGGCAGGAAAAUCCCACCGCUCGCAAGCUUCGAUUUCAACGAUAUUCUCACAGGAAUUUUUGGGGGCCUGGAGGAAGCAUAUGUGCGUGCCCAAGCGCAUGUGGAUCUAUGCAGGCGCCCUGGAGAGGGAAACAGUGAGACGAUCGGAUCGGAAUCCGACUGGGGAUUCAUCGUUGAUGCUAUGGAUUGGGAAGCCGUGUGA